AUGCAACAGUCAAUUUCAAGCAGUGAUGUUUCUCUGGACACGGGCAGACUCAAUAAAGCACUGGAUGGCAUCGACGAUGAUGUUAACGAUGAUGAUGAUGUGGCUACAAAACUCAUCAAAAAGUUUGAGGACCACAAUGAUGAUGAUAAUGAUGAAGAUGACACAUAUAGAGGUGAAACCAAUAAUUCAAAAAGAAACAAGUUUAUGAAGGUUCAAAAGGUUUCCUCAAAAACGUAUGAUGAAAAUUUUCAAUCAACCAUUAAAUCUGGUGAAUAUCAAUCUGAUGUGAGGAUUGAUGAUAAAGAAAAAUAUUUCAAGGCCUUGGAAGAGAGGCACAUGAAUGCAUCUCCAUUGAAUUUCAGUUUGUUGAAUCAGCAAUUUGAAAACACUGAUUCAACUACACUCAACACAUCAAACUUUUUGGACUUGAUUGAAGAGAAGCAACAGCAACAACUGCAACGACUCAAGCAACACCAAAAACAACAACCAAAUGAAAAGGUUGACAAUGAUAUUGAAACAAUGCAUAUUAACAUUGGUGAUGAUUUUACUCAACAAAAAAGAAAUGAUGAUGGAGAUAAUGAUGAUGAUGAUGAGGACGAUGAUGAUGGAAAGACUGAAACAAUGAAAAAGAAUGCUGAACAUGAUGAUCUCAACAUAUCUGGAGUUUCAACAGCAGCCUCUGAAACCUCGGUCAGUGUGGUGUCCAGUCGAGAGAUGCGCAACAAAAUACUCAGUGAUCUCAAUAAAAAACACAAACAAGCCAACGACACUUCUGCUGCUGCUGUUGCAGUUACUGCUGUUACUACUACUGUGGCUGCCACUAUUGCUACCACUACUACUGCUGUUUUUACCGCUACCAAUAUUAGUAGUACUGAUGAAGCAUAUUUGAAAAGUAACAAAAUGAAUGACAAUAAGGAGGAUGAUGGCGAUGAUGAUGAGGAUGAUGAUGGCGGGUUAAGCCAGACGGUGGAGAACAGAUACAAAAGUAAUGAUGACGAUGUUAAGGAUGAUGACGUCAAUGUUGCAGGUGACACCGGAAGGAAAAACAUAAUAAACAUAAUGAAGGCCAUUAAACCGUCACCGAGGUUGAGUCUCACUAGGAAUAAACUUUUAAGUGGCAUGAGUGUAAAUCGUGAAAAUGACGGCUAUGGUGAUGACCGCCACAACUUAACAACACCCAGAUUUACGACUACAACUACUUCUGUUACUUCUACUACAGCUAAAACCGGCAAAAGUGUAAUAUCUCCAUCAAUGAGAACGCUUCCUACGGCUACCAAAUCUAAAUUGUCGGCUGUGAAAAGUGUAACAAAGUCCAAAACAGCUGCAACGUCAAAAUCGCUUAUGACAACCCAAACAUCUACAAAAGAUACAAAAGUUCAGUCGGUGACAGCAAAAGGCCUUGAAAACAACAAAACUUCUCCUAAUGAUAGUAGCAACAACAAAACAACACUAGCAACGAAAGCAAAUGCAACGACAUACAAAGUUCUCCAACCCGUAACCCUGCAACAACAACAACCAAGCAUCUCGAGCAACGGUAAUGAAAUCACGUUAAAACAACGACGUCUACGUGAUGACAACAAACAAGUUGACAGCAACAAUUAUCCUGAUGACGAUGAUGACAACAAAAAUGAUGAUGAUGAUUAUAAUUAUGAUGAUGAAAAAUUUUCUGACAUUGACGAUGAUGACGAUUCCAAUUUGAAAAUGGCGCCUAAAGAGUCAGCUGACUUUGAAAAAAUCCUGAAGGAGCAGGAAAGACUACUCAGAGGGUACCAGGAGGAAAAUGAAAAACUCUAUAAACAGUUGAAGACGUUUAAAACUGAACGGGAUAACAAAAAAGAUGAACUUGAGAGAGAAAAUUUAUUAUUGAAGAAAGAUCUCGAUCGUCUUAAAAUACAGCCGUUAAAUUCAGUAGCAUCAUCGACAAAAACAUUGAAAAUCGACAAAACUAAACAACAUCAAAUAGAUCAACAACAGCAGCAGCAGCUGCUGCUGCAACAGAUUCAACAAUACAAAAAUAAUGAAAAGUUGUAUCAGGAUAAGAUCUUCUAUCUGGAAGUUGAACUCGAAUGCGCAAAAGUUGAAAAAGCCAACCUGAAGAAAGAGAUGGAUAAGUUGAGAGUAAGAUUGAAUGGGAAGAGCAAGGAAUUGUUGGAUCUUCAGACAAGCAUCCUUCAUAACGCAACCAACAGGAGAUCCAGAACUCAUCAAGCAUCAUCCUCACCACCUCAAAGCCACAAACAACGACAACAACAACUACAACCAUCAUCAUCAGUGUCACCACCUCGAGCCAACACCAACAACAUCAGCAGCAGCAACAACGACAUCAAAUUACAACAAUUGCCGUCAUCGUUUUCACAAAAUGAUAAUGUCAUUUCAUACUAUGAGAGUAAGAUAGAGAUGAUGGCUAGGGAGAGUGCUGAGAGAGAGAGGAAGUCUGAGGAGAGUUUUAAACAGCUCUAUGAUCAGCAUUUGAUUAUUAAGAAACAAUAUGAAGAACAUCUGAAAGAUCUAGAAGAUGAACUAGAAUACUACAGGUACUACCCACCACAACCGACAAUAGCAACCAAAUCAUCAUCAUUACCUCCAAAUCCUGAUGAUGGUGGUGAUGAUGAUGUUUACAAAGAUGAUGGUGACCAUCAUCGAGAUCAUCAUCAUGGCGAGCAAAGGCGUCUGGCGGUGGAUAGAGUGAAGAAAGUGGAAAACGAGGUGGAAAGUUUAAAGAGGGAGAUUGCUGAUUACAAAAAACUCACGAAACAGGAUGACAAAGACAACAUCAGCAAUAAAAAGACAACAGUGACAGAAAAAAAGGUUAUCAAAUCCGCAACCGAUAAAAAAAGUAAUGAUGAUGACGAUGAUAAUUUCCAUCAUCAUCAUCGUCGUCGUGACGAUGGUAAUGAUGUCGGCGGUAAUGAUAAUCGUCUUCAAACUCAUCUGGUUGAUGAUGGUAACGACGAUAAAAAAAUUUUGAUGGGCAAUGCUGAAAAGUAUAGAGAAACCGUUGUUAAGCUGUCUGACGAAAAUAACUUGCUGAAGAAUAAGUUAGCAUUGCUGUCCCAGGAACAUGAGUUAGACAUGAACAGAAUGAGGUCUACAUACAUGACCGUUCAACUCAAUGAUAAGAGUAGGAUACAAUCAUUAGAGAUAGCAAUAAAGAACUUGAAAGACCAGCUGUCAAUCAAAGUGUCAGAGGUUGAGAUCCUAUCGAAUGUUCAGCAGAGGAACAAAAGUUUGGAGGAAAGUUUGGCUGCAUUGAAAGAGGAACUCGUAGAAGCUAAGAUGAAUCAUACGCCGAAGAAGCAGUAUGAACAAUUAAAAGCAAGAGUGAAUGAACUGAGUCAGCGAUUAACAAGCAGAGAACAACUUCUUGAAACAAUUCUCAAAACGACAAACACAGCCCAACAACAGCCAACAUCCAACAACUACAGCAACGCGGUAGAUGCCGCUAACCUGAUAAGUCAGAUAGAGGAAACAAACAAAUGGAAGGUGGUGGUGCUUGAAAAGUCAAGAGAAAUUGAUUACUUUCGUCAGCAGUUGGACGUCAUAUUGGAGUUUUUGAGAAGUCUGAAAAUGCAGGGCAUCAAACUUCCUGACAAUAUCGGGGGUACUUUUCCGUUACACAACUUCUCAACCAAUCAAUCAAUCGCAAAACAAUUUAGCGAACCAAACGCAAAAGUUUUCAGUCAGCUGCCUUAUCAGUUUUCAAUGAACCAACCAAUCACAUAGUAAGGUGACAGACCAACUUUUCCACUGAGCGAGUCAGAAAACUUUAAUCGUGGUUAUGAUACCCACUUGAAUGGCUGCUUCGACGCAACCUUUAGGACUAAUCAAAAAAAUUUUUACUAUUUAGUCUGUAAACAUUUUAUUUCGUCGUUUGCAUGGUGGGCUUCAUGAAUACAUUAUUAUUAGUCUAAAAAGGUUAAAUGUUGACACUCCUGAAGCUAGCACAACAAGAGAGGAUGAUCUUUAACCUAUUUAUUUAAUGACCUUCAACCUAUUUUUAUUGUUUUUAUUAUUAUGAUUUAUGCUGCUUUUAGUAUUAUUUUUAUUAUUUUCACGAAUACAGUUCAUAAAUUAUUUGUACAAAACUCAAUCGACGAGAUAUUGCUAUCAAUGUCCAUAAUGAAUGAAUGAAUGAAUGA